ACCAGUGAUGACUGGGUUUCCGGUUCUGCUGUUCACGGAAAACAGCAGAACUGUUAUCGUGGCGAUAAUGAAAACAUUUGCAAACUGAAAUGGUAAACCGUGACCUACGGCUCGUGUUUCGCUCGCUAUUAACCCUCGUUUUAACCAGAAGAAAUUGUUGUACGUCGCGCUAACAGCGUCUGAGUGGAUCACGCCGAGUGGAGCAGCAGCCUGUGUUAGUAGAGUCAAAAUGGCGUCCGUUUGCCCACCCAACGCCCGUUUAAUCCAUCUGUGAUUAUCCUGAUAACUAGAUUCAGCAACCGGUGACUAGUUUUCUGGUGUUUCGAUUUUACACACUGAUACGGUCGGGGCACAUUUUAGCGUCAUGUCGGACUCGGAGGAGGACAGCCAAGACAGGCAGCUUAAAAUUGUAGUGAUUGGAGACGGUGCGUGUGGGAAGACAUCACUCGCCACCAGGUUUGCACAGGAGGCCUUUGGGAAGCAGUACAAACAAACCAUCGGCCUGGAUUUCUUUCUGAAGAGAAUAAGCCUUCCAGGCAAUUUGAAUGUGACCCUGCAGGUGUGGGACAUUGGAGGCCAAACGUUAGGAGGGAAAAUGCUGGAUAAAUAUGUAUAUGGAGCUCAUGGUGUUCUCCUGGUGUACGACAUCACCAACUAUCAGAGCUUUGAGAAUCUGGAGGAUUGGUUCAGCAUGGUGAAGAAGGCCAAUGAGGAAUCUGAUAACCAGCCUGUUGUGUCCUUGGUUGGGAACAAAAUCGACCUGGAGCACAUGAGGACAGUGAAGGCUGACAAACACCAGCGCUUCUGCCAAGAGAACAGCCUCGUCAGUCAGUUUGUAUCGGCCAAGACAGGGGACUCGGUAUACCUUUGUUUCCAGAGGGUGGCUGCUGAAAUUCUUGGUGUAAAGCUAAACAAAGCAGAAAUAGAGCAGUCCCAGCGUGUGGUGAAGGCAGACGUUGUGAACUACAGUCAGGACACCGUGGCCAGGACAGUCAACCCCCCUCGCAGCUCCAUGUGUGUGGUGCAGUGACCCCCUCCCAAACCCACACCCACCCACACACCCACAAAUACAAACACACACACACACACACACACACACACACACACACACACACACACACACACACACACACAAAUGUAAAAUCGUCUUCGGUCAGUAUUCCUUUUACUACUAUUUCAGGAUUUUUAAGGUGACUGGAUGAGAUGUGUUCCGAGUGUGUUUUCCGUAUUCCUGUGUUGUACGGGUGAGAUGAAGAACAGACUGUGCUGUUUUGCGGCCUUGGCCUCUUGUUCAGAUAUUUAGCAGGAAUGAUUCCUAGCGUGGUUUACCAAAAAGGAAACGGGACCUCAGUUUUUUUCAAGUUUACACGCAGCUAUCAUUUUAUUUCUAUGACUCAUUUUUAAUAUAUAUAAAUAUAAGGGGCAUUUGUUUUAAUGAUUAGAUAUGCUGCAGUAUAUUUCUUAAGAUAACACCAUCAACACCUGUUGAAUUGUCUCUGUCCCUACAACUGCAAAGUGGAUUCAUGAUAAGAAUGUAUGGGACGCAGACAGGAAGGUGAAACCACAUGGUCUCUCAUGAAUUUUUGAGAACUUGUUUUAUGUCUUUGGUGCUCCUCAGUUAAACAGAAUGGGAAAUGGGCGUUAAAAUGUUGUAGUGGACUGAAAUUAAUCUCUGUUUUCAAUUUGCCAAUUAGGGGCUUGCACUAGCAGUGCUGUGACGUGAACUGUGUACUGUUAUUUUAAAUAGAAAUAUUUCAGUUUUACAAUCUUAAAAUCAAGAUUUACAUUUUAUAUUCUUUAUUCCUCAGAUUAUAUCCAAAUCCUUUGCAUCUCUGAAAUAAUUUCUCCAUUCUCUAGAUGUUUCUUGUAGAGUCUACAUUGCAUUUUGACAAUUUAACAUUUUCACACGAUGUGACAUGGCCGGGUUCAUCCUGAUAGAGGACAGUUCAGAUGCUGUGUUGAUCAAGUGUUGAUGAAGCUAGAUGAUCAUGACUCAGGAAGUACCUGAGUGUGAAGCUAAGCCCGAGCUGAGCUGAAAUGUACAACAUUUUAUUAGGUCUCUACAUAGCCUUAUUCAACUGUCCGUUAUAGAACAGAAGUUUGCAUCGAAGAAUGGCUAUGAUGCAUAAAAUGUUUCAUAGGAUCUUCAUCUUAUUAGCUUGUUUUACAGUUUGUGUACUGUUAGAGACGACUGAGAUAUUGUAUGUUUAACCAGUUUUGUCAAAAUAGUUUCCACAGUAGAUGUUGGUAUGAUGGGAUUUAAUGUGGUGUGUACCUACCGAUUUAUCUGCCAUAUGUGUUUGUACAAUAAAAGCAACCUCCGCUCCAUUUCAAAGCUCCUUUCAUAGAUUAAAAAUCAUCACAACGCAUCCUGUAAAUUCUGAUGAUGUAAACAAAAUGUACUCUUUAAAAAAAUUAAUGAAUGUACAGUUUAAAGUGAACGUUUAGUUGACGUUAUACAGCAACACAGUUUUGUGUUUCUAAAUAAAAAUGCUACAUGGAAAA